AUGAAUAUCACAAAAGCUUAUGUGAUUUUUUUCCUUGUAGUGAUAUUGACAAACUCACUGUCCAACUCCGACGUUUUGGCUUCAUCGGAUAUUUAUAUAUGUGUUACAGUGAUUGAGACAACAAAAAAUGAUGUAUGCUCUACACCAUGUACAAUAAGGUACGGAACAUUUGAAUGCUUUCAUGACUGUAUCCUUGAGCAUUACAGAGAUGGAAAUUGUAUUAACGGAAGAUGUUGUUGCAAAUAA